UUUCGUCAUAUUUUUCGUCUCCGUGUUAAAUAAAUGUUUCCAUGUUUGAAUUUAAUACGCUGAUUAUUCAUCACAAACUAGGUUCCCACUUAUCUAUUCAUUAAAAAAGGUAAGACCUUUCGACUCGGAGAGUAAAUUCCGAAAUACUUGAGAUUCCUCAAAUCAAAUAAAGGGGAAAAUGCAGCAAGGUUCCGCACAAGACGUGAAACGAAUUGAACGAACCGGAAGCUACCCAAAAGUCGGAGAAGGAAGCAAAUCGAGCCAACUUUCAAACCUUUAUAAAUUUGCGGCAAGAUUUUCGAACUGUUUUCGCUUCCCGUGUUCUCCAACCGGUCGAUGUCGCCCCCCGAAUUGACGCCAUGGUCACGGCAGCGACAAGGGCAAUCUUUGACGACAAAAAGGGACGGUAUAUGGGCUCGAUUAUAGGCGAACUUGUCCGAGGGGGUAAAGAAAAGCCGUUCAGUACGGCGGAGGCGCUGGCUUUCAUCUGGGUCUAUGUCGGCACGGCGGAGGCAGAGGCGAUGAAAAAUGGACCGAUUGAUCCCCCCACGUGCUCGACCACAAAUUAGGGCACUUAUUUAAACGAGCCGUCUCCCACGAUAAGGAAAAGAACAUGACAUGGUCGCCCAUUUGUGGAGGAAAGUGCGACAAUGUCAUCUCCCGUCGGCAGAGUUCCAUUUACACCAGAGAAUUUUGAGGAGAGCUUAUAGUCCGGUGGAUUUGGACAAGGUGCCGGCUCUGGAGGCAGGAAUGGGACAGCUUUUUGAAGAGAUGUCACUUUAUGACGACAACGUGGAGGAAGACACGUCUUUCUUGAGGAAGAAAUUGCGACACCAAAAAAUUAGCCAGCAAUUGGACAAAGAGCUUACUCCAAAGGCGAUUAUGCAACCAUCCUCAUCAUCAAAUCUUUGCUGUUGUGUCGAUUCUCAAGAAAACGUUGCCCCCGGAAAAGAAUCUACUCCAAAGAGUGAUGCGGACAAAUCAAUCCAGCCGGGAAACAUUGAAACGGCGUCGACAUCGAAAUCACCUCCUUCAGAUGGUGUCCAGCAACCAUCGAACAAUCUUGCUGCCAAUGCCCCCAAGAAUAAAUCGGAUUAUUAUUUUCGUCUCUUCCUCACAAAUCCGGGUGAGUACAUCCGACAAAAUCCGACCUUGUUUCCACCCAGUGAUGCCGCUUGGUCAGCCAGAAAAUUACUUCCGGAUCAAGCGACGAAAUCAAAUCCUGUGGAUGAUGAUGACCCGAUUUCGGAAGUCGCUCAAACUCCGGCCGACUGUACGGAAACUCUGCUGAGUGUGGAUUUUACGCCGGACGAGUACAUCGCCCAGCUCAAGGCAUCCAAUUAUUAUGCUCAUGGCGUUAGAAUUGUCGAUGGGGAGAGACGACUCGUCGUCUAUCAUAAGAUGGUUAAUCCCUCGGGCAUUAAGAAAGAACCGAUUUAAAUUAAUGAUGCUGCAAUGAUUGUCACUGAUGUGAUGUGAUGGUCAAUUUUUAUUUUUCACUUAAUAAGUAAGUAAUUAUGAUACAUGAUUUAAUAAUAAACAUUAAGCAAACGUGUGUAAAGAAAUAUUUAAAUGCGUUUGUUAUUAAUAAGGUAAUCGAAGGGAUGAGAGAGAAAGUGAAGGGUCGUGAAGUUGAGCAUUAAGAGCAA